GGUUUAUAACGCCCGCGUCCCCGCCACAGCACUUUCGGCAUCGCUCGCCACCCCUCCAGGCCCCACGGCGGCAGGAUGCGACCCGUGCUGGCGGCGUGCCUGGCCCUGAGCCUGGUGGCGGGGCCGGGGGCCGGGGAUGGGUGCCAGGACCCCCCCUCCUUGUCCCGCUCCAUCCCCGCGCCCCAGCUGAGCGCCGAGGAGCUGCACUCACCCCACAUGCCCGAGCCCCUGCGCUGCGACGCCUGCCACGCCAUCGCCUUCCAGCUGGAGGAGCAGCUGAGCAAGGCAGAGGCGAAGCUGGGCAGGAAGGCGCUGCGUGAGUCCGACUACGUGGAGGUGCUGGAGCGGAGCUGCUCGCAGAGCUGGGAGCUCUACGGCGUGCAGGAGCUGAACGGGGAGAAGCGGCUGACGGGGCCGGGGCUGCCGAGCCAGCAGCCCCUGAGCGUGGCGAUGACGGGGGGGCCGUGGCCCAGCAGGCUGGCCAAGAUGUGCCACAGCUUCGUGGGCGAGCAGGGCGAGGAGCAGCUCUACGGGGCGCACCGACGAGGCCCCUCGGCGCUGCGGGAGCUGCUGUGCCACGGCGAGAAGGGGCCCUGCCCCCCUCCAGCAGGGGGCAAAGGGGGGCGCCCGGCCCCCCCCAAGGCGCUGCAGAACGAGCUGUAGCCCCCGGCCCAGCCCCGGGGCCUUGGGGUGCCGCCAC